GGACUCAGCGUGGUGUGGCUUCCUGUGCCUCUUGCCGCACCGGUUCUCGCUGUGGUCCCGGGACGCGGUUGGGCCUGGGACUCUUAGCUGUCCCUGGCAGGACCCCGGCUCCAUGCAAUCCCGCCUCCUGCUCCUCGGAGCGCCGGGCGGCCGCGGGGCCUCGGCCUCGCGGCGUGUGCGACUGCUCCUGCGGCAGGUGGUGCGGGCCAGGCCGGGCAGCGAUGGGCAGCGGCCGGAGGUCAGACUGCUGCACGCCGGGGCGGGGGCAGACACAGGUGAUACUGUUAAUAUUGGGGAUGUAUCCUAUAAGUUGAGAACUCCUAAGAACCCAGAACUUGUGCCACAGAACUACAUUUCAGACCCUCCGACUCAAUCUGUAGUUCAGCAUCUAAGAUGGAUAAUGCAGAAGGAUCUUCUGGGGCAAGAUGUCUUUCUGAUAGGACCACCUGGACCUCUUCGACGCUCUAUUGCCAUGCAAUACUUGGAGCUAACCAAACGGGAGGUUGAAUACAUUGCCCUGUCAAGGGACACCACUGAAACUGAUCUCAAGCAGCGAAGAGAGAUCCGUGCAGGCACGGCUUUUUACAUUGAUCAGUGUGCAGUUCGUGCUGCCACAGAAGGUAGAAUUCUCAUUUUGGAAGGCUUGGAAAAGGCUGAGAGGAAUGUUCUGCCUGUAUUGAACAACUUACUGGAAAACAGGGAGAUGCAGCUUGAAGAUGGACGCUUCCUGAUGUCUGCUGAGCAUUACGACAAACUUCUGCAAGAUCAUACUAAAGCAGAGUUGGAUGCUUGGAAGAUUGUCCGAGUUAGUGAAAAUUUCCGAGUGAUUGCCUUGGGCUUGCCAGUGCCCAGAUAUUCUGGGAAUCCAUUAGAUCCCCCUCUUCGUUCUCGAUUUCAAGCCAGAGAUAUUUAUUUUCUACCCUUCAAGGAUCAACUUAAUGUAUUAUAUUCAGUUGGAGCCAAUGUUUCAGCAGAGAAAGUUUCUCAGCUUUUGUCUUUUGCAACAACUGUCUGUUCCCAAGAAUCUUUUGCUCUUGGACUUCCAGAUUUUCCUUUAGAUAGUUUACCAGCUGCAGUUCAAAUCCUGGAUUCCUUUCCUAUGAUGUCAAUUAAACACGCAAUCCAGUGGCUUUAUCCAUACACUAUUUUAUUAGGACAUGAAGGGAAGAUGGCUGUUGAAGGUGUUUUAAAACGUUUUGAACUCCAAGAUUCAGGAAGCUCUCUGCUUCCUAAAGAGAUUGUUAAAGUGGAGAGAAUGACUGAAAACCAUGUCUCCCAUGCUUGUGUGACUAUUCAAAUUGCAGGACAAGAGGUUACCAUUAAGGUGCCAGCUGGGACCAGACCAUUUGGUCAAUCUUGUGCAUCAGACCAAUUCAUACGGACUUUAAGUCAUAAGCAGCUACUGGCUGAAAUGAUGCAAUCUCAUAUGGUUAAGGACAUAUGUUUAAUUGGGGGAAAGGGUUGUGGAAAAACAGUCAUUGCCAAGAACUUUGCUGAUACCUUAGGAUACAACAUAGAACCCAUUAUGCUAUAUCAGGAUAUUACAGCUCGUGAUCUUCUCCAGCAGAGAUACACACUUCCAAAUGGAGACACUGCCUGGAGGUCCUCACCCCUUGUGACUGCUGCUCUGGAAGGCAAGCUGGUCUUGUUGGAUGGCAUUCACCGGGUCAAUGCUGGCACACUUGCUGUAUUGCAUAGGUUGAUCCAUGACCGAGAGCUUAGCCUCUACGAUGGUUCUAGGCUGAUGAGGAAAGACAGAUAUAUGCGUUUGAAACAAGAGCUGCAAAUGUCUGAUGAGCAGCUACAGAAGAGAUCCAUUUUUCCUAUACACCCUUCCUUCAGAAUCAUUGCCUUGGCAGAGCCCCCUGUUAUUGGAAGCACAACACAGCAGUGGCUGGGACCAGAAUUCUUGACCAUGUUCUUUUUCCAUUACAUGAAACCCCUUGUCAAAAGUGAAGAAAUACAAGUGAUUAAGGAAAUGGUCCCAAAUAUUCCUCAGGAAGCCUUGAAUAAAUUGUUAUCAUUUACACACAAACUCAGAGAGACCCGGGAUCCAACGGCACAGUCCUUGGCAGCAUCAGUUUCUACUCGACAAUUGUUGCGGAUUUCUCGUCGGCUGUCACAGUAUCCUAAUGAAAAUCUUCACAAUGCUAUUACAAAAGCUUGUCUUUCCAGGUUCUUACCAAGCCUUGCUAGGUCAGCUUUAGAGAAAAAUCUGGCAGAUGCUGCAAUAGAAAUAACUACCAAUGACAAUCUGGAACCAGACCUGGAGGAUUACAAAUGUGAAGUGGUAUCUGGAUCACUGAGGAUUGGUACUAUUAGUGCACCAAUAUAUAAUACCCAUGAGAAAAUGAAAGUGCCUGAUGUUCUCUUCUAUGACAACAUUCAGCACAUGAUAGUGAUGGAAGACAUGCUCAAAGACUUUCUCCUUGGAGAACACUUAUUAUUGGUUGGUAACCAGGGUGUAGGAAAAAACAAGAUUGUUGACAGAUUUCUUCACCUGCUCAACAGACCACGAGAAUAUAUCCAACUUCACAGGGACACCACAGUACAAACGCUUACUCUUCAGCCUUCAGUUAAAGAUGGACUGAUUGUGUAUGAAGACUCACCUUUGGUUAAAGCAAUAAAGAUGGGUCAUGUUCUGGUUAUAGAUGAAGCAGACAAAGCCCCAACAAAUGUCACCUGUAUUUUGAAAACUCUAGUAGAAAAUGGAGAAAUGAUUCUAGCAGAUGGAAGACGCAUUGUAGCAAAUUCUGCCAACGUGGAUGGACGAGAAAAUGUUAUAGUGAUUCAUCCUGAUUUUAGGAUGAUUGUUCUAGCCAACAGACCUGGAUUUCCUUUCUUAGGCAAUGAUUUCUUUGGCACCUUAGGUGACAUUUUUAGCUGCCAUGCAGUUGACAACCCCAAACCCCACUCAGAACUUGAGAUGCUCAAACAGUAUGGACCAAACGUGCCUGAGCUCAUCCUUCAGAAGCUUGUGGCUGCCUUUGGGGAGCUGAGGAAUUUGGCUGACCAGGGCAUUAUUAGCUAUCCUUAUUCCACCAGGGAAGUAGUAAACAUCGUCAAACACUUACAGAAAUUCCCCACUGAAGGUCUUUCCAGUGUGGUUCGGAAUGUGUUUGACUUUGAUUCCUACAACAAGGACAUGAGGGAGAUUUUGAUUAACACUUUACACAAAUAUGGGAUACCUAUUGGAGCAAAACCUACCAAUGUGCAGCUGGCAAAGGAGUUGCCUCUACCAGAGCAGACAUUCAUGGGUUACUGGACGAUUGGUCAGGCAAGAAAUGGAAUGCAAAAACUCCUGUGUCCAGCAGAAACUCAUCAGAUAGACAUAAAGGGUCCAGUGUUUAUGAACAUACAGAAGUAUCCAAUAGAAAGACAUGAAAAAAGAUCCCUAAACUUUACUGAAGAAUGUGUCUCCUGGAGAUUACCACUGGAUGAAAUUAAUUUAAUUUGUGACAUUGCUACAUCAUGUGAAAAUGAGGAAAAUACUCUGUAUAUAACUACAUGCAAUCCUGUUUCCUUAUACUUUAUGAAUAUGACUGGGGAAAUUGGCUUCUUUGUGGACUUAUAUGACAUCUUCCCAAGAACUGCCAGUGGACUUUGGCACCCAUUUGUGACAGUGGCACCACUGGGAAGUCCUCUCCAGGGUCAAGUUAUUCUCCACGAAGAACAGAGUAAUGUCAUCCUCUUAUUAGAUACCACUGGCCAGGUCCUUCGUCGUCUCAUCCUUCCUUUAGAAGAGGUAGCAUCUAAGAAAUCUUCCUGGUGGAGCAAGGAGGAAAAAGAAAAUUAUAAAAUGUGUAAAGAAUUUUCACACAAAAACUGGCUAGUAUUCUACAAAGAAAAAGGGAACAGAUUGACUGUACUGGAUGUUUUGGAAGGGCGAGCUCAUACCAUCUCACUUCCCAUCAACCUCGAGAGAGUUUUCCUUGUAGCAGAGGACAAAUGGCUUCUGGUGGAAAGUGAAACAAAUCAAAAAUAUCUUUUAACUAAACCUGCACACAUUGAAUCUGAGAACAGUGGGGUUUGCCAGUUGUAUAUGUUGAAAGAGGAGCUGCCUAGCACAGGGUUUGGAAUUACACAAGAAAUGGAGGUCAGCAUACCUCAUAAAAUUUCAAGUGAUCAACUAUCAUCUGAAAAUCUGAGUUCAGCUGUAGGACAAAAGAUCGCCUCUCCCAACCGAAUUUUCUCAGAUGAGAACAAUUAUGCUGCCAUAGUGGUUGGCUUCCCAGAUCUCAUGUCACCCAGUGAAGUUUAUUCUUGGAAGAGGCCAUCAUCUUUGCAUAAACCCAGUGUCACUGAUACAGCAUUUUAUGGAGGAAAGAAGAAGAAGGGGGCUCCAAGACAGAGAAAUUGUGUGACUCUUUUAGAUACUAAUCUGGUAGUCAGGAUUUUGCCCCCAGGAGAAGUCCCUCUAAAAGAUAUCUACCCAAAAGGUGUUACACCCCCACAGACAGCUGGUUAUAUAGAAGUCACUGAUCUGCACUCAAAAAAACUCCGAUAUAUCCCUAUUCCCAGUUCAGAAUCUCUCUCACCAUAUACUACAUGGCUAUCUACUAUUUCGGACACAGAUGCACUGCUGGCAGAGUGGGACAAAACUGGCGUUGUUACUGUUGAUAUGGGAGGUCACAUCAGGCUUUGGGAAACUGGACUUGAACAUCUGCAGCGAUCACUCAUGGAAUGGAGAAACAUGAUUGGGCAAGAAAGUGACAGACAUAUGCAGAUAACAAUCAACAGAGACAGUGGAGAAGACGUGAGCUCCCCUAAACACGGGAAGGAGGACCCAGACAACAUGCCCCAUGUGGGUGGCAAUACUUGGGCUGGUGGAACAGGAGGAAGAGACACUGCAGGUCUGGGGGGAAAAGGAGGUCCUUAUCGUCUGGAUGCAGGUCACACAGUGUACCAGAUCUCUGAUGCUGAGAAGGACGCCGUUCCUGAGGAGGUCAAGAGAGCUGCAAGAGAGAUGGGCCAGAGAGCAUUUCAACAGAGGCUAAAGGAGAUCCAAAUGAGUGAAUAUGAUGCUGCAACCUAUGAAAGAUUUUCAGGUGCUGUUCGGCGACAGGUGCAGUCCCUCCGAAUCAUCUUGGAUAAUUUACAGGCUAAAGGUAAAGAAAGGCAGUGGCUAAAACACCAAGCUACUGGAGAACUAGAUGAUGCCAAGAUCAUUGAUGGGCUGACUGGAGAGAAAACCAUCUACAAACGUCGGGGUGAGCUGGAGCCACAACUGGGGAGCCCACAAGAGAAACCCAAGCGUCUGCGCCUGGUGGUAGAUGUGUCUGGCAGCAUGUAUCGCUUCAAUGGAGUGGAUGGCCGGCUUGAGCGCUCAAUGGAGGCCGUGUGUAUGGUCAUGGAAGCUUUCGAGAACUAUGAGGAGAAAUUCAAGUAUGACAUCGCUGGACACUCUGGAGAUGACUACAAUAUUGCACUAGUUUCAAUUAACAAAAUCCCCAAGAACAACAAACAAAGACUAGAAAUUCUAAAGACAAUGCAUGCCCACUCUCAGUUCUGCAUGAGUGGAGACCACACAUUAAUGGGGACAGAACAUGCUAUCAAGGAAAUUGUCAAAGAAGAGGCUGAUGAAUACUUUGUCAUAGUCUUAAGUGAUGCAAAUCUGUCACGAUAUGGAAUAAAACCUGCCACAUUUGCCCAAAUCCUUACAAGUGACCCUCAAGUAAAUGCUUUUGCCAUUUUUAUUGGAUCAUUGGGUGAUCAAGCAACCAGGCUCCAGAAAACUUUACCAGCUGGCAGGUCUUUCAUUGCCAUGGAUACCAAGGACAUCCCUCAGAUUUUACAACAGAUCUUCACCUCCACAAUGUUGUCAACUGUUUAAGAAAUGCCCUCCACUGCAUAACGACCCCAGGAUUUAAAACAAGAAAAAGGAAUGUUCUAAAGAGAAGACAUCUAUAAAGCAAACCCAUGCAAUGACAAUAUAAUUCUAGCAUUGCUUGCUUCUUCCUACACUGACUCCAUAAUCAGGAUUCAGAAAAGCAGCCAGAAGCAGACUUGUGCCUGUAAAUCUCCAGCCACUGAUGGGUUUAGAAAUCCUCAGUGGGAGCAAGUUGACCUUCAUAUAAUGCAAGGUCAUGGUUAAAGGAAAUUGGCAUGAGAACUACAGUGUUUGGACUGUUUCAAAAACCUGAGAGGUAAAGAAUCCUUGCUUUUGCCUUAACACAUCAUCCAUCACCUAAGAUAAGAGAAAAAACACCAUCACACUGAAACUCUGAGACCAUGGUCUGACAUUGGGAUCAAGUCUGUGCAAACCCCACCCAACAUGCUGCUGUCUCAUAAUUAUUUUUAUUUUCUCCCUCCUCUGGAUUGUCUAGCAAACAAUAGUUUUAUAGUAUUUAACCCACUGAAAAGACCUUCCAACAGCAAUAUUUUAUAAAAAGUUGGAUUUUCUCAGUAAUUCCAUUUUCUUGGCCAAAGCCAAAAGAAAUCAGGAGAUCCUUAGAAUGCUUGAUUUCCUAGGUGACUUUUAAAAGGCUCUUUGAAUAAUAAAGAACAAAUGUCCUGUUCUCCCUGCCACCACAUGGAAGAAUAAAGAUAUCUUGUGUGAA